UUUUUUUUCUUCCUCCCGCGGCAACGAACUGCUCCUCAUGUCUUGACAGCAACGGCACCCACAACAAAUCCUUGCGCACCUUGGACGGACGGCAACCGGCACAUCCACCCACACUCUCUUCCCUCUUUCUUCUCCUUCUUUCCUUGAUCGAGGGAAGGACAAGAUCCCAAAAAGAAGAGGGUGUGAGCCGUCGAACGAGGCAUUCGUCAUCCGCGCCUGCGCACCAACAGCCUCUCCGUCGCCGAGGCCUUCGAGCAUCGCACCACAAUGGGUGUUGACUCGAACAAGCCACCUCCACUCCCUGCCCCGACUGAGACCGAUUCCAUCACCCCCACCGAGCUGGCGACCAAUGUGUCCAGGCCUGCCGACGAAGCUUCCCACUACUCUCUGCCCGACGACGGCACUCCCGUCACCAUCAAAACCCGCAGCCACAGGGCCAAUCGCUCCCAGACCUCGUUGCUCAUCGAGUAUUUCGAGGGUGGCAAGCCUGGUCCUUCCGGCACUGUUGACCGCAAGCCCAGCGUUCGCGUUCGCUUAACCCCGUCCAAGAAGCAUCGCAACGACCACAUCCAGAUCACUGAGACAAACGGCAACAACCGCAAGACCUCACUAACCCGCCGUGUGCCUUUGCCGUCCACCACAGGCUCGUCGCAUCUUGACGUCGAAACCUUGGAGGGCGAGGACGCCGAAAGCAUGCGGUCUUACGCCUCCGCCACGGAGGAGUCCAAUGUGUCGAGGAACCCAAUCGACAUUGAAAUAGACCGCAGCGGACGGCGUCGUCGACCAGCUAGCCCGUUGAUUCCUGACGGUGAUGCCCAGUCUUCCUACCUGCCUCCUAACAUGUCCGACAUCUCGGCCAUCCCUCAAGACAGCUUCCUCGACGGCUCCGGUUCGACCGUUUUGACCAGAAACUCCGAGAGACGCAGCAAGAGCACCUCUCGAGGCAACGAGCUGGCCGCUGGUGUCGCCGGUGUCAUGGCCGGCGCUGCGAUAGCUGAUCAGACGAAGAGCAGCAGAAGCAAGAGACACAGUGGCGAGAGAAAGGUGUCUGGCGGCGAGAGAUCUUCGAGAGAAAAAGAUCGCAAGCAUCGUUCGAGCAAGAGUCGAACAAGUAGUAUCAGUGAAAAGCAGUCCGAAGGAACGCGAUCACCUCGGCGACGGUCGAGUCGGAGUCAUGUGGAAUCAGUUGUGUCUGGGGCAGAUUCCAGUCUCUUAUCAUCUAGCAUUUCUCCCAGCCACCGCUCGUACGAUCAGAGCUCCGUCCGCUCCGGAGCUUCCAAGUCGUCCAUCAACAACCCAAAGUUGCUCGAGACUGUCGAAGAUGCAAUUCGUCGACUUAUUCUGCCGGAAUUGAGCGCCCUGAAGAGGGAGCAGAGCAAGCGCGAAAGUCGUCGCAGCUCCCUCACAUCCACCGGCACAGGGACAUCCCUUUCUCGCGAGGACCUGGGAGUUGAUCGACGCAGAUCCGCCGACAAGCGUAGCGAGUCCGGCCGCGAUAGCCGGCACCGGGAGCGUAGAGACCGCGAGGCUCGCCAUGAUUAUGUCGACUCUCCCCGAAGCAUCGCUGCCGAAUCAAUCGAAGAAUCCUCCAUCGUCUCUGUCGAUGACACACCGCGGCGCAGCGAUGGCGCUCUCAAGGCCACCGUUGGCGGUGCAGCGGCUGCUGGUCUUGCCGCCGCCGCACUGAAUGCGGCGUCGCCAUCGUCGGACGACAGAAGACAACGCAGGCGCCGACGCGCCGACGGCUCAACUCGGAGCAGAAGCGUCGGCCGUGAGAAGUAUGACGAGGAGUUCCGCGAAGAGGAACCACCCGCGCCACCGAUGCCGUUGAUGAGCGAAAUCAAUCCAUCCGAAAUGACCAGGACCUCGAUUCUUUCAGCCGAGACCGAUCGGCCCCAUUCUGCCAUGGAGGAGAGAGCCUCCGUCCAAGAGGUUGCCCGGGGCAACGCCUCCAUGGGCUCGUCGCCGACGCCAACGCAAACACCCGCUUCGAAUUUGCAGCAAACUCUUGGCACGAAGCACGCUAAUAUUUCCCAUGGCGACCUGAGAGAACUUUCCCGCUCUAGGACUGGAGAUUUCCUGGAUCAGCGCGAGUCGGAAGAUUUCAGCCCCAGCCCUUCCCAGCAAACUCGUGAUGAGUACGACGAUGAUUAUGACGAGAGAAGUCGUCUCACGGAGAGCGAGGGCGACUAUGCGGACUCUACUAACGAGUACGACUACUACAACACGCAAGAUGUGCCGCCCCCGCUGAAGUACGUGCCGUACCAGCCCGAACGGCGUGGCCUGAGUCCUAUCUACAGUGUCUCUGGAUAUACAGAGGCGGGAAGCGAGACCGCCGCACAACGCGACUCCAGACUUUCUCACGGAAGCGCAUCGCCAACGAAGUCCCAGGCGUCCCACACUGACAUGAGAGCCUUCUCGCCCUCGUUGGCGCCAAGCAACGUCAUGAGCCGGGGCUUCGACGAGCAGUCCAUCGAUGGCCGCAGCAUCAAGAGCGGUCAAGAUUACCGCAACAGUCAGUACACGGAGGGCAGCGAGGUCGAAACUUCUACCGGCCAGGCCGUGCGUGGCAUUGCUGCCAACCCCAAUAUCAUCCAUGUGCCCCACGGCGUGGAGUCCAACGUUGCUUCUCUUGUGGACGGCUCUAUGCUUGAUCAGUCCGUUCUCACCGCGGGGUCAGGCUAUGAUUACAGGGACUCGCAGGUCUCGUACGGUAACGAGUCCAAUCUUUCGUAUCGCCCGGAUUCCCACGUUUCAUAUGGCAAGGACUCCAAUGUUUCUUAUGACGACCAGUCCAACAUCCAGCCUCGUUCGCGAGAUGUCAGUCCCGAAAAGCGCUCAGUGGCCGACCAGCGUGAAUUCUUUGAGCAACGCGAGCGCGAGAGCAGCCGAACGCCCACCUCGAGCCGCCAGAGCCACCGCUCACGAGAGUUUGCCGGAGAAUAUGACCUCGACGAGUACGGGCGGAAGGUUGCUUCUGCUAAGUACAGAAACUCCCCCUCCACAUCCACCAGGCAUUCCCCGACUGCCUCGGAGAAGGCGAUUGCCGCCGGCGCUGUCGGCGCUGCUGCUGCUGCUCUCAAGGCCGCUAAAGACAAAACGAAGCAGCCGACGGUGGAAGAAGUCGACGAGGAGCACAACGAGGAAUGGGUUCCUGAAGGCGUCUCGAGAAACAAGUCAUUCAAGCAGCGUACGAUGGAGGGUCGCGAACCUGCCAACACCCCAGCACACAGCAUUGACCGCCUUGACUAUGAGGAGCAGCCCAAGAUGGGUGCGAGUGCCAUGCCCACAUUUGACGAUCCGAUGCCCGAGGUUGGAUACGUGGACGACGAUGCCUUGACGAACCCAUCUCUUGUCCGCGAGCCGCUCGGCGGCAGCGAUCAAGAUGACCGCGGCCAUUGGCCGGGCGACAUCACGCCUCGUCAAGGUACCCCUCGUCAGAGCGACUACGGCAAUUACGAAGAGCAGGACAUGGAGAAGCACAGCGGUCACGGGUACGGUUUGGCUGCGGCCGGUGCCGUUGCCGGUGCCGCUGCGGCUACCGCAGCUCUGUCUCAUAGCCGACAGGCAAGCGGAGAGCACGAGGAUGAAUGGCGGCGCACUUCAGCUGAGCGAAAACGAGACACUGUUAUCACGAACCCCUAUGAUGGUGCAAGUCCGGUCGCCCACCCAGACCUUCUCGGCGGUAGAGGAUUCGAGGACUACGGUGCCCCAUACAACAUUGGUAGCCCGACUGGACACAAGACACUCGACGAGGGCUACAUCUCUCAGGGUCCUGUACACUCGCCUAAUAUGCAGCCCGCUGGCAAGGCUAUCAUGCCAUUCGGCGACUCGGCUGCAGAAGACCCCUUUUUCAUGCCGCAGCACACCCGACACCUGAGUGGUUUGUCUCAGGGCAUGGAAUCUCCUCUGUACGACCCAGCCACCGGCAACGGUAUCGACAGAAUCGAGUCCAAGGAUAUCAUUGCUCUGAUGCAACACCUGAUGGUCCGCGACGCUCAGCGAAGUGCUCGCGACACGGAGAUUCUCGUCACGCUCGUCCGUUCCGCGGCUGAAAUGCGCAACUCUUUUGAUGACCUCAAGAAACUUCUUGCCAAUACCGAGGAUGUCAUCAUCAAGGAGGUCCAGGAGAACACGGACGAGACGGUCAAGAAUGCAGUCAGCGGCCCCCGACCUUACCCCGGCAGCCUUCCCCGUUCGAUCAAGGGGUACAGCGGCGCUUCGCAGAAUAGUACUCUGGAUGAGACUGCCAAGAAGAGCAACUUUUUCCGCAAGGCGCUCAAGGGCCUGAGUACCAAGGGCACCAACGAUCUCAGCAGGAUCGAGGACAUGCUCAUGCAGCUGCUGGGUGAGGUUGACACACUCAAGGCGCAGACUAUGAGACCUGGCAUGGUCAGCGGCCGACCAUCUUACGACAACCUUACUCCCGAGAUGCAGUAUGAGCAAGACCGAGGUUACGAACCCGAGGGUCAAGCUGGCACCUCUACCACUAGCCACGGCAGUCAGUCGGGCAUGUCGUCCUUCGCCCAGUCUCGUGGGCCCUCCAAGCUGGCGUACGAACCCAAUCGCAUCAGCACAGUUCACGAGGACAAUGAGGAAGACUACAACUCUCAAGACGACUACCGCAAUGAGCAGGGUCUCCUCACACCCAACCGCGAAUUUCAACGCGGCGGAUCGGUGCCACUCGGCACUCCUCCCCAACCCCAAGUCGCUCCGAACGCCUCAGUGAGCAAUGAUAACACCCCCAAGACCGACAAGGGCAAGAAGCACAAGAGAGGGUCCUCGAGCUGGUUCCCCAAGAUUUCUCGGUGGUCUGAGUCGACGGCCACGAGCGUCAGCAAGGCCUUUCGUGGCAGCGGCUCCAGCAAGAAGGAGCACGAUGAAGAGUUCCUGCAGCAUCCUCCAUCCCGGUCCGGAUCUGAUCUCCGAUAUGACGACCGAUAUCAAAACGACUACGGCAGUGAUCAGUUACAUUCGGGUUUCUCCCAACAGGACCUCGCUGCCCCUAACCCCCCUCACCUGGAGAACGCGCCUCCUGCCAACUACAUGACUCCGGAGGACCCAAAGUACAAGGCACACCGCAACUCGGUCAACCUUCAACACCCUCAGCCGCGUCAAGGACAGACUGAGAGAUUCAAGGCGGCGCUCGAGAGCCAGGCCUACGAAUACGACACGCCAAUGUCUCCCAGAUCGGCAGACUGGGCUGGCUCAGCCACCAGCCUGCAUCGCUUCCCACAGAACAGCAACCACUACACCAACGGGUCUGGUGCGACGAGCGGCGGUGACUACUACAACUCGCCGCCCGCUGGACCGCCGAGACCUCCCAAGGAGCCCAUGGAUGAGAUGACGCAUACUCCUGCGAAGAAGCGCAUCUCGAACUUGGCUUUGAAAUCCAGUCCCCUCCCCUACAACAGCGUAGAGAGCGGCUACGGUACCGGCCCCGGCACCCACGCGGCUAGCAACUACACCGGCAGUCCCAAGCCGGAUAACCGCAACCUUAGCGGUGCCCGCGGCAUGCCGGCCCGUCGACCUAGUGGGCCACGAGCGAUGACUCCGAAGAGCGCGGAAGAAGACGCAGCUAGGGAAGAGCGACGCCGUAAGCGAGAUACCUUCGGUACAGUUGCCAGCAACGAGACCGACACCUUUUAGAAGAAGAUUUCUCGCCGCAAAGCAUCAUUUGCGCGCGGAGCGAAGAACCAAGCACUACCACAGGAGGUGAUCCUACCCGAUAGCUUGAACCACAUGAUCAGCCAUAAUCAUUGAACAUAUUGAAUGCAAAGUGGACGAUCUGCUAUAUAAUUGCAGAGAAAAGAUCUGCUAAGCGGCGUCUAACAAAAAAAUAACCGGCAGAGGUCGCAUGGCCGCGCGGGGGGAAGGGGACGAAGCGGACUCGGUUCACUACUCAACCUAACGACGAUAUGAAAAAGCACUUGAUGGCUUUGAGUUUGAGCGAUGUUUUUGAGGAGGGGAGAAGCAACAAGACCUCAUUUGGACAUGUUGGUCGAGAUUGAGGCCAAAAGGGUAGGUCUGGAACGCGCGAAGUUGGUUGAUACCACAUAUUGGAAUUGGGCUGCUGUAGUUUUCUUCCAGGCAGCCAUGAGGAUGCGAGAGGAAGGAUACCAUAGGGAGGGUGACUGUAAUGAUAAUGGAACCUUUACCCUGCCUUGUUACCUCUGACUGAGACUAUCAUCUGCCAAAAAUGACUAGGUCCAUACUUACUGUGUUCCCAAAGCUGGGAGAGACGGUGGAGGUGUGUUUGGGUGUUACGAUUUAUCAGCCAUCGG